AUGACGGACAUGUACUAUCCUCAGCACCUCCCCUCUCUCAGCGAGCGCGAAGCUGUCGCCGACGCCCUGUACCGGGCCGCCAUCGGCUGUGACCACAACGACGCCGAGCUCUUCAACUCGGCGUGGGCCGGGGAAGACGUGUCCUUUGAGUUCCACGAAGACAACGACAAGAGAGUGAUGUCUUGUCUCUCCGCCAUCCGCAAGAACAUCCUCGAGAUAGUCGGUCCCAUGGAUACCACGCACAACACUUCCAUGGUUCGUGUGAACUUGGAGGAUGGCGCCGACACGGCCACUCUCACGGCGACCUCGACCGCCCAGCACUGUCCUCCCGGCAUGGGCAGGGAUCCGACUGGGCCCAAGUACACUACUGGCGGCGAGUACUCCGUCGACCUGAUCAGGGAUGAAUCGGGAAUAUGGAGGAUCAAGAAGCUA